AUGUUCGCCAAAACUCUUCCUCUCCUUUUGUUUUCUCUUUUAUUUCUGCAGAUUGAUGCACAAUGUGGAACAGGAGCAAUAUAUGUUCAGCAGAUGAACAAAUGUCUCCAAUUUUAUUCCUCGGCGGUGAACUAUGCAACUGCCGAGUCGGUAUGUUCUACUUUGAAUGGUCACAUGGUGUCUGUUCACAAUAUGAAUGAAAAUACAUAUUUGGCUCAACAAGCUUCUCAACUCAUCUAUAAAAAUGGUCCUGUGUGGUUGGGAGCAAAAACUAUGUCCUCCAUAGUCACGGAUCCCACAAGCUGGAAAUGGGAAGAUGGUUCACCAUUUGACUUCCAAAACUAUAAAAUUGGACAGCCCAGUUCAUUGGGAACUUCUGCAUGUAUGCAAUUUUUCGCCAACGAUGGACAAUGGCUGACUGCAACUUGUACCGACUCUUCUCCGUUUAUUUGUGCUUCUGAUCCACCUCUCUCAUCAACAACAGCUUGUCCACCUUCUCAAGCUAUUUCGAAUACAGGAAUCAAAGUUGAUUACACAAAAAAUUUGAACAUCUGGAUUGGCCUUUACUAUAGUGAUGGAUACUGGAAAUGGAUUGAUGGAACACCCGCUGAUUACGCGAACUGGGCAAGUCGGGAGCCAAAUAAUGUGACUUACGGAAUGUCUCAUAAAAUCGUGUUUCUGAUCAGUCCACCAUCGGGAGUCAAAUGGGUGCCUUCUCAAUUCCUAGCUUCUUUUUCUUCUUCUCCAAUGUGUGCACCUGACAAGGCCAAUAAUUCAUCCGGGAAUCGAAAAAACAUCGAUCGUAAAUCGAGUGUGGACGAGGUGGUUGGGAAGGGAAAACGAAAGGAUGACAGCUGUUGUCAGAAGAAGAAUCGGAUACCGCUUUGA